AUGGCCAAUACUCAGGAAAGCGGUUAUUUUAACGCCCAUAAGAUCAUUGUUGGAGUGGACUAUGGAACCACAUUUACUGGGGUUGCCUAUGUUACUACCGCCAAAAAUGAUAUCGAUGAUAUAGUUGUUAUUACCAGUUGGCCUGGAACCGGUCGCCACUCUGAGACUGUGUUCAAAGUUCCAUCUCGGAUCGCAUAUCCUGAUGAAAACUACAAAAUUCAAGAUAUCAAGUGGGGCUUUCAAGUAGAGCCUCGGAUGACCUCUUAUUCCUGGACUAAGCUGCUUCUUGACAAGAAUGGGCCAGCAGCAGAGUUCGAUGACGAAACACUUGCCCUGCAGGCGGCGGUUGGUAUGCCAGUGCUAAGAUUACCGAAGAACAAAGACGCCGUAUCUGUCGCUGGGGACUUCUUGAAGGCUAUCUAUAAGCAUACAAUAAACAUUCUUGAAAAGCAGAUAUCAGAAAAGACUCUAGCAGUUACCCCUCUUGAAUUCUGGUUUACCAUGCCAGCCAUCUGGUCCGAUGAGGCGCAAAGUGCAACUAGAGAAGCCGCUAUGCAAGCUGGGUUUGCUUCCCGUCGUGGUGAUCAGAUUUUUAUGAUAACAGAGCCGGAAGCUGCUGCACUAGCUGCGCUCAAACGCAGCGCGUCUGCCGGCCCAUUAAUGUGCCCUAAAGAGGGCGAUGGAAUUUUGAUUUGUGAUUGUGGCGGGGGUACAGUGGAUAUUACCACGUAUAGGAUCAUAGGCGUUUAUCCAAGGCUCACUUUUGAAGAGCUAUGUACAGGAACAGGUGCAAAAUGCGGGUCUACCACAAUUGACCGGGAAUUUUACAAACUGAUGUCAAAACGGUUCGGGGACGCCUUUGAUCGACUACCUCUAAAAUUAAAAGGUCCUGGAAGUGAAUUCAUGAACGCCUUUGAGCGGAUCAAACAAGAUUUUGGUUAUUCAACAGUGGGAGAUGAAAUAUAUGAAUUACCACUAGACAUGUCGACUGAAGACGCCCUACCAAAAUAUUUCGAUGAAGACGAACGUCUAGUCAAGAUUUCCCAGCAAGAUGUUUGCAACCUCUUCGAUCCGGUUGUAGAACGGGUAAAAGCACUUGUCCUUCAACAAAUUGGAGCAGCAAAUCUUGAUGCAGCAGAGGAUGUCAUCAAUAAAAUAAUUUUGGUUGGUGGGUUUGGCGAUUCAGAGUAUUUGAGAAAAGCUUUGAAACAGCAUUUUACCGCGACGAGCGAUAUUCAACUUAUAGUUCCUCAGUACCCACAAGCCGCGAUUGUGAAAGGUGCUGUUUUGAGAGGCCUUGAAGGUGUGCGUCCGACCACGCGGCGGUGUCGUCGUCAUUAUGGUUUUUGUUAUGUUGCUCCCUUCAGGAAGGGGGUCGAUGAUGAGGCAAAAGCAACUUUCUGUGAAUUUUACGGAACUAAAUUUGGGCCACCAAGAAUGAACUGGAUGAUAGAAAAGGGGGAAAAAGUUUUGGAAAAUACAUGUCAACGCGUAGAACUGUAUAGAUCUAGCACUGUUCCGUUUACAAAAAUCUCCACCUGCCUCUAUUCCUGCAGCCUGGACGAUGCGCCGCAAGAUCCCAGUCACCAAAGGGUCAAUAUUGUGGGUAACAUUGUUUCCGAUGUUUCAAACAUUAGUUCGCCCUUUAUUGAAUCCAAAAUCAACCAGAAUGGCGUCCGUGUUUAUGCACUGCAUUUUGAAAUUGAGAUGCAUUUUGGGGCGAAGGAGGGUGUUCUGAAAUUCAAAACAGUUGUGGGUGGGAAUGUCGUCGGAGAAGCAGAGAUUGAUUUCUCGAAGAACUAA